UUAAAGCCAGCGGACGUUGGGCAGCGGGCGCCUCAGGCGCCGGCGCCAUGGAUCCGGUCAUAAUGCAGGAGCUGGCCCGCGCCGAGAGCCAGCAGGAUGCUGCGUCCCUGAAGAGGGCUUAUCAGUUGAUCAAGUCCGCCAACCUGGGGAAAUCAGAGUUUGACCCCACAGAAAGCUUCAGCCCCGACCUGUUUGUUUUGUGUGCAGAACAGGCCCUGAAGAUGGGGCAGCCCGAGGUGAGCGAGGACUGCAUCCGGAUGUACUUCAAGGUGAAGGGGCCGGUCACCCAGUUUCUGGGCCGAGCGCACCUGUGCAGGGCCCAGCUGUGUGCGCCCAAGUCCACCGAAAACAUGGAGGAAUUUGAAAAUUGCGUGACUCAGUAUAUGAAGGCAAUCAACUUUGCAAAAGGAGAACCAAGGUAUUACUUCCUGGUGUAUAAUGCAUCGGUCCUCUACUGGCAAAUGGUGAGGCCAUUUCGCAAGCCUGGGUAUCAUCACCGCCUGAUCCCCAGCCUCUCCCAAAUCGUGAGCGUGUUGAGUCAGACUGAGGAGGAUGACAAAGGCUGGCGGGCCGAGCUGAUGCUGGAGCUUCUGGAGUGUUAUCUACAAGCUGGAAGAAACGAGGAGGCCGCGAAGUUUUGUGCCACUGCAGCCCCGUUCAUCAAGGCUAAUGCGCCACAGAAGUAUCGACAAAUAUUUGCUCUUAUGGUCCGACAUGAAUUAAUGGAUGAGCUUCAGUUAAAGGAAGAAGAGAGAAGUUCUAUCAGCCUGUCUGUCACUUUCCAGAUGAAUGUGCUAAAAGCAAAACUGGAUAAAAAUGAUUUAUCUGAAGAUACCAACAAAAUUCUGAAGGAUACCUAUAAAUGUUUAAGUUAUUACGAUCACCAGAACUUGCCUUCAGUCAGAGAGGAAAAAAUUCUUUUGCUUUUUGAAUUAGCUCAUCUUUCUCUGAUCUUGAAAUGUGGGGAGAUCACCUCUGACUGCCUCUCAGACUUGAAGAAGAUGGACAGCAAAGAUCCCGGGGAGCUAAUUGAAAUCGAAUGCCUGGAGUAUGAAUUGGAAGCUGAAAGACUUGCAAAUAAAAUGAAAAUCUACACCCGAGAGGCUGUGGAGACCCAGCUGAAUAUAGUACAGAGACUGGACAUGGUGCUCCGGCGAGCUGUGCGCCUGGGCGACCCGCGGGUCAUCCACGUGGUGUGCGCCACGCAGUGGAACACCUGCCUCCCGCUGCUGCAGCACGACCUGCGGCACCAUCUGCGGAAGUCGCUGGCCAGCAUCGCGGAGGUCCUGGAGAAGAUGGACAGCCUCAUGGUCCUGUUCCGUUGCCAAGUGCACAUGGAGAUGGCGUACAUUGAGGAGGGUGCGGACCGGCUGGAGCCUGCCAUGGGGCACCUGAGGAAGGCCGUGCUCCUGGACACCCUGGGCCUCUACCAGGACACGCUCAGGAUGGCCCUCAACCGCCUGCACCUCUGCGCCACGCCGUGCCAGGUCCCCGAGCGCACCGAGGACAAGGCCACCUUGGCCAUUGCGCAGGCAAAGAAAGCGAUGCCGGAGGACAGUGUGCGCAAGAAGCGGGCGCUGCUGGUGACCGCGGGCCUGGCCCUGGCCCCUGACACCUUCCAGAUCGUGCUCGACAGUGAGAACGAGGCCAAAGUUUCCACCGGGGAAAAGCGGGGCCGCUUCACCUACCUGUACGCGAAGGCGCGGCACCACUCCCUCAGCGUGGAUGAGGCCGCGGGGCACGUGCAGCGCCUGCAGGGCCGGAACGCCAAGGAGAGGGUACAGAUCUGGGCCGAGCUGGCCAAGGUGGCCCGGAAGCAGGGCGUGUGGGAUGUGUGCCGGACGGCCAGCCGCUUCUGCCUCGCGUAUGACGUCGGCAAGGUGGAGCGGCAGGCGAGGCUCAGGCGAGGGAAGAAGAAGAAGGGCGGGGACGGCGCGGAGCAGGACUCCUCGGGCCAGUCAGACGCCACCCUGCAUAGGCCGGUGUCCCCCAGCCUGCUGCGCGAGUUCGCGGAGGUGGGGUUCAUCAACGCUGAGGCCACCGUCCACCUGCUGCGAUCAGAGGGCGUGCAGCUAAAUGACCAUCCCAUGCCCCCCGAGGACCUGAGUCAGCACCCGGUGGGCUACAUACCCGAGUCCCCAGAGGACAACGCCGAGUGGAUCACGUACCGGACCUGGAUAGAGGGCCUGUCGCAGUACACCAUGAACAGCUGGCUGCGCUCGGCCGACAUUGGGCAGAUGAUACAGGAGGCGUGGCUCGUGCAGAACGCCGUGGUCUACGUCCUGAAUCACAACCAGCACCUCAUCACGGCCGGGCGCCAGAGGGAGCUCGUGGACGCCUUGUACCACCUCCUGGGCAUCGUCAAGGCCAUGGGCCACAGCGGAGACUUGGCGCUGCUGGCGACGCUCUGCAGCACCCUGGCACGAGGCCUGAUCAUCGCCUGGAUCCCAGCCCUGACGCCAGAGAAGUCUAGAAGACACACACGCUCAAACCCACUUCAUACGCCGCUAGACCCUGAGGCCGCCUCUGAAGUCAGGACCGCAGUGGAGGUCUGCGAGUUCGCCCUGAACCUGACCAACGGGACGGUGCCUGAGGAGGCGGUGCCCGGCAGCAUCCGGCAGCAGCUCAUCGCCACGUGGGUGAAGGCCAAGCAGCUGCUGUGGCAGCAGAUCGGGCCGCGCCUGGGCACGGACGAGCAGAGCACCAACGAGGGCAUCAACUCGGUGACCGGAGUCCUCGUUGCUCUGGAGAUGCACUCCUGCAACGGGCUGGGCCUCAUGGACUUCACGGUGCCCCCCUUGGCUCAGCUGGUGAAGAUGGCCUUGGAGUGCAGCUGGUCGGACCCCUUCGUGGAGCUGCAGACCCUGACGCGGCUGACCCACUUCACCUACGUGGCCCGGGACCACGAGGCCACCAUGGCCUGCUCGCAGAAGGCCAUCCAGACGGGCAUCAAGCACCUGCAGGCCUUCAGUUCGGUGGAGGCUGAGUUGGUGGCGGAGAUGCUGAGCACCGCAGCCUGCAUCCAGGGCAGGAGCAUCAUGGAUAACCUCAAGGGCUGGAAGCAGCUGCGCCUGACGGCCGCCAAUGCCUUCGUAGAGAGUGUGAGGUUUGGGGGCAUCGCGGGGAGCAGCGCCCUGGUGAUGCAGGCCGCCCGACACUUCUGGAACACCUGGCUGCCGCUGCUGUCCUCUGCGGUCAACAGGAAGAAGUGCAAGAGCGCCACUCAGGAGGUCAUCAGCGUCAUCAACAAGACGGAGGCCAGAAAGCAGGAAAAAGGGAAGACGCUGCUUCUGCACCAGUGGCCCACGGCCGACUUCCAAAGUGGAGGGACGAUGGAAGGGUGUUUUCUCUCAGGGGCCGAGGAUGACCUGACGCUGAGGGCCGCGCUGUAUGGCCUGCUGUUCCACAGCCACGCCGACCAGCAUGACUGGGAGGGCUGCCUCAAGGUGCUGGACGAGGCCCUGCAGGUGCUGCCGCGGACGGCGCACCGCCUCUUGAUUUUCAAACACAUGGUCGUGGUGAAGGCCAGACUCGGCCAGAACUUCGUGAUGGAAAUUCAGAGGUUCAAAGACCAGAGUGAGGAGUAUCUGGCGCACAUGUGGCGGCGCCUGGCCCUCAACUCCACGAGUGUCCCCGGGGAGCUGACCUGCUACCUCCACGCCAUCCAGGCCCUGCAGAAGCCAGAGAGUGAGUGGCAGAAGGUUGACUACAUCAUGGAAUUCAGCGAGUGGCUGUACCACAACCAGUUUCCUCUUGAAGACGUCGUCUUCCACCUGGAGUGGGCGAUCGACAUCCUGCUGAGGAUGCGGCCCGACAGGGGCUCCCCGGAGCCGGCAGGUGCGGGAGCCGCAGGCGCGGGGGCCACAGAAGAGCAGGUGUCCACUCCGGCGGCCCCGGAGGGCCCGGGGGCUGAGGGCUCGGGGCCCCCCUCCCUGGAGAAGCUUCGGAAUGUACGGCAGCUUGAGAUGCUGGCCCGCGCCUACACGCUGCUGGCCCUGGUGGUGACCCCGAGUGCCGCCAGCCACCAGGACUACUGCCUCAUGGCCUACACCUUUCUCCGCCGCAUCUGGCAGUUUCAAAGCCCCACUCCUGGCAAACACCUUGAAGACGUACCAGCAAGCAUAGAAGAGUGGGCUUCCUACGCUUGCCCCGAAGAAGCUAUAUCAGUAUUUAAACAGGAUCAGAGCAACUUUGCCGUCAACCGGUCAACUCUCCAGAAGCCGACGUACAGUUUAUAUUAUCUGGACCACUUGGUCGAGGCCCUGCAGAAGCUGUUCCUUCAUGAGCUCACCAUCCCGGUCCUGCAGUUGGAGGUACUCAUUGCAGCCUCCGUGGUCGACAGCAAGAGCCUCAAGGACCUCUACCACCUCCGACUUGCCCUAGUUUGUUCUGAUUUGAAGUUGAGGGAAGCAGCCACUUUCCACGAGGAGGUGGUCGGGCACGCCUACAUCUGCGACGUGGAGCAGGUGAGCUGCAGAAAAGAAAUUGCCUUGAAAAAGGAGAAAAAUAAGGAACCUCUAUUAGAAGAAAGUCUGCCAACACUGAGGGAGCCCCCCACUCCAGCCCAGCAAGCAGAGAUGAAGCCCCUCGUAGCAAAGGAUAAGACUUUGAAGAUAGACGGAGAGACCGGCAGGGGCCUGGAUGGAAUGUCCUUCCCGCAGCUGUGGACCCUCAAGGCUGAAGUCCUGCUGGAGAUGGACCUGUACCAGCCUGCCCGGCUGCUCCUGUCAGAGGCGUACCUGGCCUUCCAGGAGCUCGACGAUCCUUGUGCAGAAUCGAAAUGCCUGCACCUGUUGGCACGGUUGGCAAACAAGGAAAAGAAGUACGGCCAAGCUAGGAAGAUGGCCGAGAGGGCCCAGCACCUGGGGGGCAGUGAGCAGUUCUGGUACGAGUCCACCCUGACCCUGGCGGACACACUCCUGUCCACCGAGAACGAGAGGAGAGAGGCAGUGGUCUGCCAGCUGUUCCAGAAGCUCAUAGAUACCUUCAACGUUCUUAAGAAGGAGAGACCGAACCGAACGCCCAUAUUGGAAUUCAUGACCACAGACCUAGAAGCCAGGUGUGUGAGCCUCCAGCUCCAAGCCGCCCAGGAGCGGGGGGACUCUGAGCCCUUCCAGAACUCAGCUCUGCUGAUGGAAAUGGAAAAUCGCUUGCUGGAAAUGGAGGAGAAGUUUACCAGCAUUGGCCACAAGGAGAAGUGUGUGGACAUCAAGCUGGAGCGCGCCAAGAUGAAGAGGUUAUCUGCCCAAAAUGAGAAAGAUGCGGAACAGAAGACUGCGUGUUACUUGGAGGCAUACGACCUGGUCCAGAGAGCUGCUGCCGAAGAGGAAGAGCUAUUUCACCGUAUUCAGGGCUUACUGUCCCUUCAGGGUUUGCAGCACGUCAGCACCCCUCUGGUGAGGAGGCUGGCGCACCUCAAGCUCAGCCUCGUGGAGGUGUGUCUGGACACUCUCCAGCGCACGUGGGAGGAGACCCUGGAGCGGCAGCGGGAGCAGGGCUCGAUGGACAAGCUGCUGGCCGACUACCUGCAGAGCCCCAGUGACUACACUUCUGUCGGCCUGAAGUGGUUCACCCUGAAGCGGACCCUGGCGCACACCGUGCUGGCCCAGCUGGGGAGCCUGCAGCCACUGUGCACCGGCUGCGUGGAGCUCCGUGCCCAGCUCCUGAGCCUGGCCGGGAAGGCCCUGCACCUGUUGGCCGUGCACGCAGACCCCCUGCACCCCGCCUUCUACUGGGAGGAGAGCCUCUUGGGGGGCGCUGAGCUGAACAGCCGCGAGUGUCUGGAGAUCAUCCAGGAGGACGAGGACCGCAAGGGGCCCUACGGCGGCCUGGUGGCCCUCAGGGCCACCCCCGAGGGGCACAGCCGGAAAGGCUGGGAUCUGAAGAGGAAGAUGGCGCUGGCCCAGCGGUACCUGGCCCAGGCGUCCGAGGUGCUGCUGCAGUGCCUGCAGGUAGCCCUGGGCAGCAACCUCCUGGACAUCGCCGCAGCCGCCAGCCUGGAGAUGGUGGAAUGUGUCGGCACCCUGGACCCUGCGGCCACCUGCCAGUUCCUGGCGCUGUCUCAGAGCUGCUUAGCCUCGGAGGGCAUGCGAGACGUCCUGCUCACGGCCACGGCCAACACCAGCAGCUCACAGCUGGCCGCGCUGCUGCAGCUGCAGCACAGGCUGAGGUGCCAGGAGAGGACGUCCACCAACCUGUUUGCCAGCGUGGAGCAGAGACUGGCCACCAUAUCCAAGGCUUGGCAGAAUCUCUGGGUCACCGAACAGCACUUUAACUUCUUGAGUGAAAUCCCUCCCACUUUUCGGAUCCUCUUUCUGCACCACUCACGGGACAGGACCCAUCUGUAUGGCGCUGCCUACGAGAAAUCCAAGUUCAUCCCCGCAGCCAAAGGCAAACUGCCCCAGGUCGGGGGCUCCUGCAAGGUGACUCGUAUGGCCGUGAGCCCAGCCGCCUUCUCCUCCCUGUUGGCCAGUGCCCAGCAGUUCCGGGAGCACACCCAGGCUGAGGCACACAGUGAGGACACGGCCCUGAGCCCAGGCUUGGAGUCAGAGGGCGCGGCCCUGAGAGGGGAAGAACACGCUGUGCAGAGGCUCGCGGAGGUCGUGAAGCCCAUGGAGGAGUAUCUGAGGCCACUGUUCCCGCUGCUCAGCUGCCCCCCGGAAGCCAGAGCGCCGAUUCCCACAGUUGUUGCGGAUUUGGGAAAAUACAAGGGCAAAGACAAGGAGAGGGAAGAGUCCCUGCCGCAGGUGCAGCCCGAGGUCGCAGACAACGUCAUCCUGAUCGCUGACAGGCACCUUCUGGAGCUGCCGUUAGAAGGUCUCUCUGUGUUCGAUGAAGGGAUGGUCUCCUCCGUGUCACGAGAGUUUUCUCUCCAGAUGCUGUGGAACCGCCUGCAUAGAAAGGAGACAGAAGGGAAUGUGAAAAAGGAGAGCAGAGGUAAAGAUCACAGAAAGAGAGGCACAGCAAAGAAGGGAGCAAAGCGCAUCGUGUCCCGGAUCAUCCCCCCCGACUGCAUCGCGGUCGACGCGGACAACUUCAGAUUCGUUGUGGACCCCUACGAGGAGGCCCGAGGCCCAGAAAUGCUGACUCCUGUCUCCGUGACCCGGGAAAUUUUGGAAAGAUACCGAGACACGUUCACUGCGAGAUGGGCGGGGCAUCUGGGGAAGAAGCAGUUUCCCAGCCAGGCAGAGUGGGAGCAGCUGCUGGGCAGCUGCGGAGGCUUUUUCUUCUACGGGAUGGAGAGCUUCCUGUCCCACAUAUUGGUAGAAAGGUUGGCCGCCAUGAACUUGGAAGAGUGCCAGAUGGUGGUGCUGCUGGACCUGGCGCGGUCCUGCGAGAGCACGCGGCGCCACGUGGAGUCCUCGCAGAACAAGAGCGCACCCCGACUGUCCUUGGAGGGGCCCGUCGAGACGGCCGUCCUCCUGAGUCUGGUGGGGGUCAGGAGCAUUGUGGCGAACCAGUGGCCGACGGUCCUGCGGGACAACGCGACGCGGGCCAGCAUCCUGUGGGAAAAUCUGUUGACAGCUGGCAAGCCGAUCGGGAGAACGACCCGCCUCCUUCAGAAGAGGGGAACCGGUGAAACUGUCCACCACGAUGAGGCUCUGCAGACCUGGGAGGACAGGCUGGUGCUCUUCCGGCCGCAGCCGCAGGGCUCGGAGCGGCUCCCCGUCACCCUCAACCUGGUCCUCUACGGGCUGCCGCACCAGGCCAUCGUGUGAUGGGGCCGCGCCUCCCCACAGCCCGUCCCCACCAUCCGCCAUCCCCCUCCCUGGUGUCCCCGGCCCCUCCGCCCGUGACCUCCUCCCAGGCUGUGCUGCCAGAGCCCACCCCCACCCCGCCCGGCCCCCGUUCUGCACAGGGCAGCAACCUGCUUCUCCCUCCACGGUGAAGCCAGGGCCCUGUCGGCGGGAGGGGAGCAUCUUGGGGGGCUCGGCAGCACGGGUUGGGGGAGGAAUGCGUCCAGGCCCACCCCACAGCGGCCUGGGCCCCCGGGUCCCUUGUGCCCCGGCUGCUAGACCAGAAUCGCUGGGAGGCAGAGUCUGUUGAAGUGCUUUAGUAAACAGCUGCGUCACCUCCGAGCUGUGUUUCUGUGCCCCUGGAAGCAGGGACCAGCUCUGGUUCUGCACCCCCGGCCAAUGCACACGCCAGCACUGCCCAGCACCUCAAAACUCAAAGAGAGGAAGUGGCUGUGUGAAAUGAGCCCCCAGGCCUCCCCUCCCUGCCCAGAGCUUUCCACGGGGUGGGGACUCACGUCCCGGGCAGAGGCGACCGUAUCCUCAGGGCUCCCAGGGUCCCAGCCCGGGACCUCGCCCACUCAGUUCCACGGGGCUUUGCCAAGGAGAUGUGAGGGGGUGGGACGUCCGCUGCAAAUGCCUCUCAGUGGAGUGGCCGGCACUACCCUUGCCAGCCCUGGCGUCCCGGGCAGGGGGCAGGCGGGAAGAGCCAGUGGGCAGACUGGGUCCAGGACCUCAUUUCCCCUGAAUCACGGGACCAGAAAUGGCCGUGGGAACAUGCCAGGAAUCCUUGGGGAGGCGGGGGCGGGCCUGCGACGCCCUGUUUGUCCUGUUCCUCGCUGACCACUCCUGGUGCGUCACAGUCUGUGGUCACCUCCAACCACCGGGCUGGGAAUCCCUGGAGAGGGGCACUGUCCAGCGCCAGGCCGUGGCGGGGCCAGCAGGUGCUUGCAGAGCGAAGGGAUGAGCGGGCGCGCCUCGGAGGCUGAGCCCAGGAGGCUGAGGGCGUCACGGGCUGCAGGGUGACUGCAGCUUCCAGAGACGGGAGUGGGGAGGGGCCCCAUCCCUGAUCUCAGAGCCCCCACUACUACGGGACGUGCAGCAGAGGCUCCUCCAGAGCUGGACGUCCAGCCACCACCUGUGGGCACCGCUCUGGGCAAAGUGAGCCCUGGGAGAGGCCACUGUCCCCAGAGGUGGACACUCAGCUGGAGCUGAAGGUGGCCAUAGGAGGACAGAUGCCACAGUCACCGGGAGAGCUCCUCACACCGUGCCCAGGCCAGCCUGGCCCACGUGUGGGCAGCAGACUGGCCAGGACCCUGCGUCCCGAGAGCCCCCAGGUCUGUGGCUGAGGGUCGAGGGUGAGCCCACUCCUGGCCUCUCUGGGGUGGAGCCAGCCCAUUAGAGGGCGCACAGGCUGGGGCCGGGGAGGGUCAGAGCCCCUUCUGGCAUGGGUCCUGGCAGGCAGCCCCCCAGAUCCGCUGAGGCCAGGCCGCAGAGUGCACGGUCUGGGCCGCUGGCCCCGGGGCUGCUCGGGUGCCGUCUCCAGGGCGCCCAGGUGUUCCUGGGGCUCCCGGGCCCGUCCUGCCAGGCUCCGAGCACAGGUGCAGUGUCCACACAGAAGUCAUGUCCCCAACCAGGCCUCAAGUCUGCUGCCUGCCUCGCCUACCUCUGGGGCCACGUGGCAGAUGGAAGAAGCCACCCAGUGGCCAGAGGAUGCCGAGUCCCAGGCUGACUGACCCUGGUCACUGUCCCGUCUGGGCUGGGAGGCCCAGGAGCUGAGCACGUGGGAGGUGGCACAGCAGGGGAAGGUUCCCCUGGUACGUGAGCAGGCACGGAGCUCCGUCCUGACCUCGUGCCCUGGACACCAGCUGGCGAGACUGCAUCCCUGCGGCGUGGCCUCCCUGCUCUUAGGUGCAGAGUGAGCAGUGCUGAGAUUCCUGGGCCGAGACACACAACAGCCCAAAUAGUAAAAAAAAAAAAAAAGGCCCAAAUUAAGACCGAGAUAAAAUAUCAUUACCAUAUCUACUAAAACAGCUAAAAUGAAAGAUAGCGACAAACACCAAAUGCUGGGGAAGAUGCAAAGAAACUGGGUCUCCCAAUACGUCACUCCUGGGAAUCUAAAAUGGUGCAGACUCUCCGGAAAAGAGUUGGGCAGGUUCUCAUAAACUGUGGGUGCAGUUAGCAUAUGGCCCAGCCUCUGCAUCUAUCCCAGAGAAAUGGGAACUUAGGUUCACACAAACACGUGCAUGAAUGUUUAUAGCAGCUCCAUCCCCUUAGAGCAAAAACUAGAAACAACCCAAAUGCCUUCACUUCUAACAGUUAAGCAAACAGCACAUUUACUUGCUAGAAUGCCCACGAAGGGCUGGAUGGACCUCAAGGGCGUCGUGCUGAGUGGAGGAGCCAACAUCAAUGAGAUCACGCCCUGUGGUAUCGUUUAUACAACAUCCUCAAAGGACAGAACACCUGAGAUGGAGAACAGGCCCACUGGAGCCUUGGGGCAAAGCCAGGUUCUGUGCCUCGGUUGUGACAGUGACACAAAUCUAUACAUGGGAUAACAUUUCACAGAGCCCCUCCCACACACUGACACACAGAGACAGACACACACACACACACACACACACACACACACAAAUGCCUGUUGAAGUGGUGGAAACAGAACCGGGUCCACAGCCCGGACUGCAGCACCAACCUGGGCUCCUGGUUUGCCGCUAUCUGGGGCAACUCCCCAGCGGAGUGUGUGCUGUGUAGGACGCGCUGCACUGCCUUUGCUAUUUCUGCAACUUCCUGUGAAUCUAUAAUUAAUUCACCAUAAAAUUUUUUUUAAAGCUCAUCUUUGAUUAGAUUGGGAGGUGGUGAUUCCCCUCCUUUGUGUUUGAUUUUUUUCCUUUUUUCAAAUAUAUACACAUGCUUGUUCCAGUUUUUUUUUUUUUUUUUAAAGCACUAACUAAUGACCAGGGAAUAAAUUCAAAUCAAGCAGCGUUGGAAAUACGAGCUUUCUUCUAGAAGGAUGUUGGCAGCCACCCAAACAACAAGAAUAAAAGCUUCUGGGAAUAUUUCAUCUGUGCAGUGUCACAUUUUUCACCUGGUGCUGCAUCUGCUCCUGUGAGAAAUGUUCAACGGUGAGUGCCGUUCCGUGUACCAAAGCCGCUACAAUAACUUUCUGAAUUAUGUCCCAGCGACAAAACAAAUCACAGCAUCAAUUAGCUCCUAUAACAGAAGUGGCAUUCCGUAAUAUAUCCAAGCAUGAAAGAACUGCGUAACCCUAAAAACUAUAAGGAGAAGAAAGAUCGCUUGGAAUUUAUUGGUAAUAAUAGGAGACAGAAUGUAAUUUGAAUGGUGGACAGCCCUUCAGCCCUUUGAGAAAGGACGACCAGAUCUGCAAGUUCUAAACGUUCCAGAAAGGACGCAGGUGGAUGACGGGGCGCCCUGGCACGGGGCACGGGGGGCCGGGGGCCCCGGGAGAUCCCGCCACUGCCCUCGCCCAGCCUCCGACUUCCCCAUCGGCAGUCGGCUCUGGUCCAAGCUGAGCUCCAGAAUCCGGAUGGGCUCCACGGCCUUGAGCUGGUCGCCCAGGAGCCCCAGCCCCUCCCCCGGAAAGUGCAGCACCCAGGGCGGGCCGGAUGGGGAGGAGCGGGGCCCAGCAUCGUCCUCGCAGCCGCUCUGCCUGCGUCCAGGCCCCGCCCCCGCCCCCCCCACCGGGUCCCCGGCGGCAGCGUCGGUCCCUCACCCGCGGCAGCCGGCGAAUCGGACCGGUCGGUUCCUGCUCGUCAGUCACCUGCUUAAAAGUUCAGUUUGUUUUCCGAAUUUAUGUCUUGGAAAUAGUGAUUUUCAUAUUUUUAAAAUAUGGAGUUUCUUUUCACAAUAUGUUAUAUUGUAGGAAAUUGGGGGGAGAUUAAAGGGAGAAAAGCCCUCAGAGCCACACAAAGGCAGAAGCCCAUGUUCUGAUGGUUUCUGGAUUUUUCUCUGUUUUGCGCAGUGAGCUCCUGGGUGGUUUCACACAACAUGGUAAAGGACUUCCCAUUUCAAGAUAUUAAUCAGAAACCUCGUUCAAAGCAUUCCUACCCUCACACAGGCUGCUUGCAAACACGACAGAUCUGAUGCACAGGGACAAGGGUCCUUCGGGCUUGGAG